AUGCUGAAUAGGAGGUUGACUGCGGUUCCAGUCAUCGUCGGCCUGGUCCUGCUUCUUGCAGAGGAAAUCAAGGCAAACUCAGGAGCUGGAAACAACACUACCGAGUCAGAGGGUGGCAUUCAGCUAGCUAAGUGGGAUUUUGCAGAAUUUGAGCUUUUCUUUGGUGCCUUCGCUCUCAUCCUGCUGAUGUGCCUCUUCAAGACCUUCUACCCAAAGAUACCCUAUGUGCCAGAUUAUAUUCCCCAAUCACUACUGCUGAUUUGUAUCGGGGUCAUUUUUGGAGUCAUCUUUUAUUACGCCUCCGAUUACGCCAUCGAAGAUACUCUCUGGAAAUUGACUCCAACCAUGUUCUUUCACUUUCUCCUUCCACCCAUCGUCUUGGACGCCGCUUUCGGUCUCUACAAUCGAACCUUCAUUGACUAUCUUGCCUCCAUCCUGAUCUAUGCAGUGAUCGGAACAGUGCUCAACUUCGUCAUCAUUGGACCCCUGAUGUAUGGACUCUGUAAGGGCGGAGCGAUGGGAGAUGGCCUUGCAAAUGUCAGCCUGAAUUCCUUCUUUUUGUUUGCCUCGCUGAUUGUCGCUGUCGAUCCGGUGGCUGUACUGGCCAUAUUUCAGGACAUUGGUGUGGAACCCGGCCUCUACUACAUGGUCUUCGGUGAAUCUCUGCUCAACGAUGCCGUCACAGUUGUCCUCUACGAAAUUAUGAGUGAGUUUGUCAAAGUGACGACAGUUACGGGCGCAGACAUUGGUCUUGGAAUCGGGUCCUUCUUCACAAUCAGUUUGGGCGGUCUCCUAGUCGGAAUUGUUUAUGGCGUCGUUAGUAGCUUUUUCACCCGUUGGGAAUCUCACUUUUCUUCAAUCUUCCUCAUCACCAUGGAUUACUUCUCCUACAUCAUGGGAGACACCCUGGGCUGGUCUGGUAUCAUUUCAAUGAUUGGAUGUGGUCUGAUGCAAGCCAACUACGCCUUCCACAAUUUGUCAUCCACUAUGCUGAACACAACUCGGCAGAUCAUUAAGCAGAUUUCGGAGAUCAGUGAGGGCAUCAUCUUCUUCCUCAUCGGUGUCCAGCUGUUCUCGGAGGAGAUCCUCUGGAACACAGGCUUCUGUCUAUGGGGUUUUGUGGUAUGCGUGAUAGCGCGAGCUAUUGUAGUGCUACUACUGAGU